AGAAUAUUGUAAAAUUUUAUUAUUAUUUGUAGAUUUCUAUAAGUAAAAUUAAAAUAAACACAUAUACACUUUUUUUCAGACAGCCAAUUAUUAAACAUUCACAAGUACACAAUGUUUUGUUUCCCCUCCACUAGAAAGUAAUCUCCUUGAGAGUAAGAGUUUUCUUUUAUUCCAGUGCUUAGAAAAAGCACUUGGCAUGUAGCAGGUGCCCAGUCAAUACAUGAGGCAUGAGUGGAUAGAUGAGCACUGUUUGGGAACCCCUGGUUUCAUGGGUUGACCAUCACACCUUAGGUUUCCAGCUCUACCAUAUCCAGCUGUGAGGCCUUGAGUAAAUUACUUAAUCUCUUUUAACCUUGGCUUCAUCAUUAAAAAAGAGAGGAUAAUCGUCUUACCUCACAGGGAGGUUGUGACAAUAUACACUGCUGCCUGUCACCUACUGUCUGUUUCUCCACAAAUAGGAGUUUCCUUCUCACCCUCCACCCCUGCCACACACAUACUCCUUGGAAACCCAGCCCUGCUGCUGUGACACAUUUCAAUGAUGUCACAGCUACCCUCCCUGAGAGCUCCAGCAGUACCAUCUGAUCCCAAGCCUGAUUGCUGGCUGAACUGAGAGGGGCAGGGCGCAGGUGGUACUUGGUACCAGUUUUGCUCCCGCUGUCUUUGAGCCCUCACAGCCCAGCAUGAGUCCAUCAGCAAAGAAGAGGCCCAAGAAUAGUGCAGUUUCCAAGAUGCAAGAUGAGGAACUGCAGGACAACAUAAAGCAGCCUGUCAGAAAAGUAAUUGAGUGGAACCGACUUAGAAUGGUGUUAAAAAACUUGUCGCUCUUGAAGCUACUCAAGAGCUCAAACCGCCGGAUCCAAAAACUGUACUACCUGGCCAAAAGAUAUCGGAAUUCAUUGCUCAGUGUUCCAAAUAUCUUCUGCAUCUCCUCUGGGGACAGCAAUGUAUGCAAUAAAGUGAAACAAUAUAAUGAAGAAUUCCAGGAGGCUAGGUACCCCAAGAAGAAACUGGAAUCCAAGAAAUUAGAGUACAUAGGGAAAUACAGGGAGACAGAGCCCAGUGAAUGGAAGCCCAAGGUGGAGUCAGGGAUGCAUUACAAGGCAAAGGGGUCACCUGCAGCAGUGCCAUGGAAAGAAGAGGAGGCAGAGCCUGAGGUUCCAACGACAUCAAGGGGUCAUGGCCUGAACAAUGGAGCCCAGAGGAGGGAACCAUCCUCUGGGGACCCCCAAGUCAUCUUCCUGAAGAACCAUCAGCACAGAAUUUCCAAGGGGAACAUAAAGCAGCUGGAUGUAGGUGCCCAGUGUAUGUGGUUUGAGGGGCUGCCAACACGAAUCCACCUCCCUGCACCCCGGGUGAUGUGCAGAACCUCUGCCCUGCGCUGGGUCAAGCGUCGCUGCACCCGCUUCUGCUCUGCGUCCUUACAAAUGCCUAAGUACCAUCCAUAGGAGAAAGCCUCAAGCAAGACUGGCUUUAAUCUUCGCUCCACAGAGGACUUCUACUGUAUGAAGGAAGCUACCAUGAUCUGUGAGUUGCCGAGGAAGGAGUCCAAGAAACUCAGCUUCCAGGGAGCGUUUAAGCUGUGCAUCCCCUAA